CACUAAGUGACACUCAAUUGCAUUGAAAGGCAGUGUGCAAAGUGCCAAAAAUGGCCGUUUGCUGAGUUCAUGUGUAAAUUACAUCACCGUUUGUAAAUGAAUCUAAGAAAAUGGCUUCAUCUAAGAGUAUUUAUAGGAUUUAUUUCUACUUCCAGGUAAUUUUGUGCCCCUCAAUAAGAAGGUGGAAUGGAGAGGAAGUUAUGAAGACUUUGUGUCCCAGCUGGAGGAUUCCGAGUUGGACCCAAAUUAUACAGACUUUAUAGUUCCGAUAUUUGUUUGUAGGGUGCUGCACACAUUGCCAGAGCAGGAGAUGCAACAAAUUACAACUUUUUUUAAAAACUGCAGAGACCUCACAGGUGUUUUCCCAAUCGUUGUUCUCACCUUCAAAACCAGUGGGAAUUAUUCUGAAGCUGAAAAGAUGUUUAAAUGUUUGGGGGCAGAGGUGGUUGUGGCAGUGGAGAAUUACUCUGAAGAGGAUCAGAUACAGACACUGGAGAGAAGUAGAGAUUUCCUCAACCUCAUUAAAUCUGCUUUGGAUAAUGUCACAUUCCGUAUGGGGAACCCAAGGAACCCAAGGGAAGAACGUAUAAAGAGAAAGAAAUUCCUGCUAAGAUAUGUCCAUGAUAUUGACAUGGAAGAAAAAAGGAAACAAGAGGAGUAUAGGAGAAGAUUUAUGGAUAGGAAACGAUUUGAGGCUAGGAGAAGUUUUUUUGCUAGGAAAAGAGAGGAGGCUAUGAGAAAAAGAGAGGCUAGAAAAGAGGAGGAAGCUAGGAAUAGAGCAGAGGAGGCUAGGAGGAGAGAAGAAGAGGCUAGGGAAAGAGAGGUGGCUAGGAGGAGACAAGAGGAGGCUAGGGAAAGAGGAGGCUAG